GGGAGCAGGAGGCAGGCGGUGAGCAGAGGAGCCGGGAACGCCCCGCAACCCAGUCGCGCCGCGGCUUUCCGCCGCUGCCCCGCCGGUCGGUUGAAUAUUACAGCUUCACAUGUAUUUGGGCCUUUUCUACUGAUGUCCAACACACAGUAGGUGUUCUAAACGGUAUUCAGCAGGUCCCACAGCAGCAUAACAGCAGCAUAACAGCAGUCCUUCUUUGAUACGAGAUGGAGGAAACAUACAAAGAUAGAACUUCAUUAAUGAAAGGGGCAAAAGAUAUUGCCAAAGAAGUGAAGAGGCAAGCAGUGAAAAAAGUGAAUAAAGCUGUUGAAAAGGCUCAGGAUGGCUACACACAGAGGUCCUACAAUCGAUUCCAGGAUGAGGAAGAUGAUGAUGAUUACUAUGUGCAAGGAGGAAACUAUGGUGUUGAAGCUAAUGAUGAUGAAGGAUCAAGUGAAGCAACUGAAGGGCAUGAUGAAGAUGAUGAAAUUUAUGAAGGGGAGUAUCAGGGAGUCCCUAGCAUGGGGCAGGGUAAAGACGGCAUGGUGGCCUUAGGUCAGCCUAUGCGUGAUGAGUAUAAAGAUCGUCAUGAACUGGAAACAGAGAGAAAAGCUGAUGAAGAAGAGCUAGCACAGCAGUAUGAACUGAUAAUACAAGAAUGUGGCCAUGGUCGUUUCCAGUGGGCCCUCUUCUUUGUGUUGGGAAUGGCCCUGAUGGCUGAUGGAGUUGAAGUUUUUGUAGUUGGAUUUGUGUUGCCCAGUGCUGAAACAGAUAUGUGUAUACCCAAUUCUGGAUCAGGAUGGCUUGGUAGCAUAGUGUACCUGGGGAUGAUGGUGGGGGCAUUCUUCUGGGGAGGCUUGGCAGACAAGGUGGGAAGGAGACAGUCACUCCUGAUAUGCAUGUCUGUCAAUGGAUUCUUUGCCUUCCUUUCAUCAUUUGUCCAGGGCUAUGGCUUCUUCCUCUUCUGUCGCUUGUUUUCUGGAUUUGGGAUCGGUGGAGCUGUGCCAACAGUCUUCUCCUAUUUUUCGGAAGUGCUUGCUCGUGAGAAACGAGGUGAACACUUGAGUUGGCUCUGUAUGUUUUGGAUGAUUGGCGGCAUCUAUGCUUCUGCAAUGGCUUGGGCAAUAAUUCCUCAUUAUGGAUGGAGUUUCAGCAUGGGCUCUGCCUACCAGUUCCACAGCUGGCGAGUAUUUGUGAUCGUCUGUGCACUGCCUUGUGUCUCUUCCGUGGUAGCCCUCACCUUUAUGCCAGAAAGCCCGCGGUUCUUGCUUGAGGUCGGAAAACAUGAUGAAGCUUGGAUGAUACUCAAGCAAAUUCAUGACACAAACAUGCGAGCUCGUGGUCAGCCUGAGAAAGUCUUCACAGUUAACAGAAUCAAAACUCCGAAGCAGAUAGAUGAGCUUAUAGAAAUAGAGAGCGAUACAGGAACUUGGUACAGGAGGUGUUUUGUUAGAAUUCGCACAGAGCUGUAUGCCAUUUGGUUGACAUUUAUGAGAUGCUUCAACUACCCAGUGAAGGAUAAUACGAUCAAACUUACAGCUGUAUGGUUCACCCUGUCUUUUGGCUACUAUGGCUUAUCUGUCUGGUUUCCUGACGUCAUUAAACAUCUGCAGUCAGACGAAUAUGCAUCCCGAGUGAAACAUUUCCGCAAUGAGGAGGUUUCACAUUUCGUCUUCAACUUCACAUUGGAAAAUCAGAUUCACAGCAAUGGAGAAUACAUCAAUGACAGGUUUAUUAUGAUGAAGUUUAAAUCAGUAACCUUUGAAGAUUCACUUUUUAAGAACUGUGUGUUUGAAGAUAUUACUUCACUGAACACAUUCUUCAGGAACUGUACUUUUGUGAAUACCACCUUCUACAACACAGAUCUCGAGCAGUAUAAAUUUGUUGACAGCGAGUUGAUAAAUUGCACGUUUUUCCACAUCAGGACAGGAUGCCAGAUUUCUUUUGAUGAUGACUACAGUGCCUACUGGAUUUACUUUGUUAAUUUCCUGGGAACUUUGGCAGUGUUACCAGGAAAUAUUGUGUCUGCUCUCCUGAUGGAUAGAAUUGGACGGUUAACGAUGCUAGGUGGUUCCAUGGUUCUUUCUGGCAUCAGCUGUUUUUUCCUGUGGUUUGGGACCAGUGAAUCCAUGAUGAUAGGUAUGCUGUGCCUCUACAAUGGCCUCACCAUCUCAGCAUGGAACUCUCUAGAUGUUAUUACCGUGGAGCUGUAUCCUACUGACAGAAGGGCAACAGGCUUUGGCUUUUUGAAUGCACUAUGCAAAGCAGCAGCUGUACUGGGAAACUUAAUAUUCGGUUCCCUUGUUGGUAUCACCAAAGCAAUCCCUAUUCUCCUUGCUUCUACUGUCCUAGUAUGUGGAGGUCUGGUAGGACUUCGCCUUCCUGACACAAGAACCCAGGUGUUGAUGUAACUGGGAAAAGCCAUUUACUAUUUAUUUAUUUAUUUCUUCGUACAAAUGUCAACUCUCCUGACCAAUGGUGCAAAGGCUUCAGAUUCUCAAUACUUUGUAGAGUGCUCAAAUGUCAAAAAUCAAACCCAAAAUAUAUUUGGAGUGAUAGAGAUUUAGAAACCUCUAUAUGAAAGUUUUAAAUUUCAAUUUUGUUUGUGUGCAUACAUCACUAUUCAAAACCACUUAAAACUGCAAAGCUACCUCUUAGAACACUUCUGGUGACAUGUCCAGGAAGGUAAAAACCAUACUGAUCAUUAGAUAUUUAAAAUGUGAGCAAUCAUAUUAUUUAAAAAAUUUGGCCAUGGCAUUUGGAGCUUUUGUAAGAGUACAGACGCGCAAGUCAAUAACUUAGCAGUAUUGGUGCAGAGAGUGCUAAUGUAUCAAUGCAUGCAGCAUUAAUCAGGAAACUCUACAGACCACAUCAGGACUGAGAAUAGCAGGAUCUCUUUAAAAUGUUAGCAUUAAAAAUUCAAUACAAAUACAUUUAUAAAAUUAUCAAACAAAAGAGGCAGAUCCUCUGAUGACAGGAACUGACAUUGCUUUCAGUGGAGCUAAGACAACUUGUAUUAGUUGAUGAACUAUCUGCACUUUCAAGUUUCAGGGAACAAAUCUGGUAUAACACAUAAGGAAAAAUUUAUCAGUAUUUCUUCUAAUUAUAUCUGACAACAUUCAUUAGGUGGUUGAACCAUUGCCAAAGAAAUUAGGGUCUCAGAUAAGGUCACAGUGUAGUAAGAUAGAGGUUUUUUUCAUUAAUUUGUCUCUUGCUCAUUUAUAUGAACUUGGCUUUGGGUAGUAGUAUCUAUCACUGCAUUCUGUGUCAGUCAUUGUCUUGGUCAUCCUGAAAGAGUCACUAAAGUCCACAUAGGAAGAUCAUUCUUUACAUUUAAAGUUCACUAUUUAUUUACCGAUUCUAGAAGUUGCAUUUUUCAGUUACUAACAAAUGCUUGUGCUACAAGUUGUAGCACCAAAUCGUUAGUCCAAGAGGUCUUUUUCUGUUGUUAACAAAUGAGAAAGGUGGCUGAAUUAAAAAAGCAUGUGUAUGGAAAACUAGCGAGUGUUUUUUUAAUGUUGAAAAUUUAAAUAUGAUAUCGUAAAAAACAAAGUUUAGGAAUUGUGUUUAUUUUGGAAUAUAAAUAGUCAAGACAUAUGAGAUUAAAUAUUUUAUAUUUAAAUCUGACUUAAACAUGUCUUUUAAAUUUCUAAACAAUGAUAUAAAAAAGGAGGAAGAAUUAUUUUUCACCAAGUUUCAGGUUAAGAAAAAAAUGCUGGCCUUGGUUUUGCAUCUGUGGCUUUUGUCCACUAGUCAUAGCCUUAGUAUUAUUUCAAGGCUGUUUUCUCCAGUGAGAAUUACAUUUGAGCCCUCUUUUUCUGUGCCAUUCAUUAGUAGCAUGUGUCCACCUUCUUGUACUUACUGUGCAACGUAUUUUGAAAUCUGAAGCCUCUGUACAUAUUUGGAGUAAACAUCAACAGCAAUGGUGAAAUAUUACAUUGUCUUGCUGUGCACCGUCCGCUUGAAAUAGUAUAUUCUGUCCAUCUCUGUAUGUAAUUCUGAAAAACAUCCAGAUCCAACACUUUAUGCCACCUGACCAGUAUGGUGAAAACGGGCCACAGAAAAACAAGGUUUGACUUUUGAGGGCUACAGUUCAAGACUAACACACUAAAAUCUCAUUACAUGCAAAAUUAUGCUGAUCAGAAAGCUGGUUCUUAUCAUAAAACCUGAGUACAUCAUAGGUGUGUGAUUAAGUCUGGAUGAAGUGGAAUACAGCAACAAUAGGAAUCAGUAAAGAUGAACAAGAUUCUCAACUGCACAGACCUUACAUGGUCCGGAAUGAAAGUGAAUGUUCUAAGGUAGAAAAAGGGAAAAAAAAAAGAAUAGUGUUUAGGAAAGGGAAAAAAAAAUAACUGAAAAGAGGAACAAAGAAAAAAUCCACGAACAUUUCCAUCAUACAAAACAAAACUUAAAGCCAGAAUUUCCCUAGCUGGUGAAAACUAGGUUGAACUUAGUUGGCUCAACAGUUUUGAACUAGUGAACAAGCCACCAUCAAAACUGUUUGAACAAUCAAUUGUUUGGGCUUGAGUGCAGUGAAGAUUUGUCUCAUAUAAAGGCAAAAGGAGUGAAUGCAAUUUCAAGCUAUAACUACUUAGAUAGGUACAAUCCACAGGCUGGUACAGAAAUACUUAAUCUAUGGAGAUCUAGACACAAAUGUUACUUAUGUCACAAGCAAAAGUGAUUUGACUGGUCUUCAGUGAAUUUGUGGGUUUUUUUGCAGUUUCCAAAGCAAUCUCAGGUAAUAAAUAUUGGACAGUAGGAACUGCACUUCCUUUCUUUGUCUAUUCACUUACAUCUCACAUAAAGAAUCACUUAGUGGCUUGGUUAGAUACCUGAUACACCACAGAGAACUGAUCUUGAUAGCAUAUGUGUAUCAGAGCUAUGAACAUAUAUAAUAAGAACUACUUUUUUUUCUGUUUUGGUCACUGAACUGACUGAUCACUAAGUGGAAACUCUUUUCAGUCUAAAUUGAAGUAGGAUAUAACAUCUAGUGCUCUUCUCCAUUAAAGCUGAAAGACUCAUCCCAAUGACAGCAAUGACAAUAAGUACGAUGGCUCUUGAAGACAGAGAAGUCUGAAAGCAUUUAGAACGGUAUUAAACAUGAUGGUCAACUACUUUAAAAUUCAAAAACAAAAACUACAGAAGAAACCACACAUUUUCAUUUUUGGCAGAGAAUAUUUAUUUAAUUUUAGUCCUUACAGGUUGCCUGAUAGCAGAGCUUGAUUUAGCAGAUUCUUAUUUCUUGAAAGCAACUUAUUGUGUUUGAACAUUUUAACCAGAUUGGUUAUAUUCAUGUUAGCACCUUGUUGGUUGGAAGCAUGUACUACUACAUUUGAUAUGCAUUGCACUGAUUACUGAGUAUGGACUCCUAGCAAGGGAACCAGGUCUAGGUGUUAAUGGUUUCUGGAGUCCUGAAGGGGAUUGUUAAUGAAUAACGUAUUGGGAAGCCUUCUUCCUCUAUGCUUGAUUUUAGCCAGUGCCUUUCCAGAGGUAUGUACUACAAAAUUUUGACACGGGUAAAAAAGUGUUAGCCCUCCUUCCUAAUGGCUCCAGUGGUCUACUCUUUGUUCAUCAUCUUAGAAAAGUGGGGCAAAGUAAGACUGCUAAUUCAGACUCUGCUCUCUUUCUCUUCCUGCUAUUCCAUUAAUUCCAUCCCGAAUUGCUUUUCUUACGAGAGGGCGAAUCUUAAAGAUAGUCAAAACUCACUGCUCAUGCUCUCACUUGCUUCCGACUUUAUAGUAACAUUCAGCAAGAAGGUUCGCUACAUAACUUUUGCAAUUUGUCCAUCCCUUUUUAAAUGGAGAUGGAAAGUGACCUCAAAAGUCCUUCAGAUUAUUUUAUCCUUUUCAAGCAGCCAGACUCCACAUUUCCUUACAUAUCAAGAAGGCUGAACAAAUACAAAGAGGGGUUUCCUGUCAGAAUGACCCUUGCUGAGCCUUUUUUUGCUGUAGGUGCAGCUGUGAGGUAAUCUUGUCAGUGCACCUAGUGUAGCUCCAUGUGAAAGAAAUAUUAUUCUCUGUUUUGUUUUUAGCUUUUCCUUCCACGAUGGAUCCUUAUCUUUGUGCAACUGCUCAUGAGGCACAACUGCUGAUUCCAAUUUUUAGAAAUAUAAUACAGUCCUCCGCCCCUCGUAUGGACAGCCUCUGUGUGCUGGUCUUUAGCUCUGUGCCCCAUUCUGAGUUUUAAAAUGAUCUUCAUUAGUCAGAGAAAGAUGUUUACAUCCAGUUGCACCUCUUUACCUAAACAAGAUGAUAUCAUGCUAAUACAACCUACAAGCCAUGUUUCCUGUUUAAUAACCUGGAAAUGCAAUUGAAAUUUCAAUCGCAAUGUUAAAAAAUGAAGUCUUGCACUCAGGGGGUCAAACACACAAGAAGUGAAAACAGAAAUCCUUCACUUCCUCUGGAGUCUUGAAAGAAAACACAUGUUCAGUAAUAAUAUUCCAGAAGAAAACAUGUCUGAGAGACUGCUUUUCCUCUGCAUAUCCUGCCUUCUUGUUCGUUAAACUUACUGUAAAACAUUAGGUAUUUGCCUGAAUUAGUACCUUCCAAUGCUGCUAGUUCAGGAAAAAUAGCAUGAAAAGGCAGACUUUUGCCUGCAGCUUGAAGGCAAGACAGGGAUCAAGCAGUGCUGUGGAAUUAGCAGAGACAUGUUAGCCAAAAAAUCUGGAACUUAGUUCAGAAGCUGAAUUAAAUAGAAAGCACCAAUGUAUAAUGCUAAUUGCAGGUAUCCUUUACCUUCACUUACCCUUAUCCAGUCUGCAGCCAGUCCAUAUGCUGAAAUAAGCCUGAUUUGCAUUCUUCUAAUGUUGAUAAUUUCAAUCAAAUCAUGCAAAAUAUUUUUGGAUCCAUUAUUGUUAUCUGCAUGCUUUAUUUUUGUUGCAGUGGUGAAUACGCUAUUUCUUAAUGCAAAGGAAGGAUCCUCCAAUAUUUAGUCCUACUCCAGAUGAGUAAGAUUGUUACAGAACUUCAUGCACAUUCAGGACCUCUCUUUGAUGCAGUGACCUAGCAUGUCAGAAACAGAAAAAAGACAAAAUGGGCCUGAUUUACUUUUCUCAUUUGAUAGCGGGUUGAAUUUAUCUCCAAAGAUGCUGACCUGUAAUAUAUAGCCAUGCUUUCUAGCCCUUCAAGUACAUACUGUCCAACUAAAAAUGAAUAAAGCAAUAAUUUUUCUCCUCCCACAACAUACACACAGCUGCGUUUACCAGGACCAAAAUUCUUAGGAAAAAAAUGGGGAAAAAUACAGGUGUGAUCGCUUUCUGUGGCAGAUGAUCUUCCCUGCUUGACAAAGGUAUAGAACAUAUUGACCAGCACACAGCCCAAUAACCGAAGACUGGAGAUUACUUAACAACAAAGGUAUCUGGAUGAGGAUAACCUGACACAAAAGUAUUGUCCUUUCCGCCCAGGGUAUUCAUGAAUACAUAUUUUAAUGCCAUAUAACCAAGAAGAUUUGUACAGAUCUUGCCCCUACUCUGGGCUUCAACACUUCUGAGCUGUAGCCUGACACAUCAGUCUGCAAGUGAGAGAGAAAUUGCUGGCAGGCUGGCUUUCAUCACUCUCUCCACACUAGCCACCCAAGCUCAUUUUGCUUGGUCCUAAGGAUCUGCGCUUUUGCUCAGCCUCCUACUUUCUAAUUUUGGACAUCUCCUACCUGCCACUCAGUUUUCACCAGUAGUCCUGACCAAGCAAGUUGAAGCUACUUGCUGCUAACGGACAGCACUCAUAACUCAUUGCAAGCACAGUACUCUGCAAAAGUGCAAUGUUGUAUGUGUUGUUCCAGUUUCAUCUGUGUCUAGUGCUAGAGUUGUCACCCAGCAUUUCUCUCUGAUAAUACUGCAUGUUUUCUAACCUAUAAGACGUCUUUUAUCCUUUUAAUGUCUGCCUUGUAAAUAUAUGCCUGUCCCCCUCUGACUAUGUGAUAAAAGUAAUUUUGUGAAUCUCACAUAGGCCUGUCUUACCCAUUUAAAAGGUGGUACUUCAGGAGAAAAUGGUCACAAAAAAAUAGUGAAAAGGAAUAAAAUUAAAUGCAAACCAAGAAGAGUAAGAUUUCAAGGCCUAGGCUUCAAUUACUUUUAUUUUUGUCAGCUGUUCUCCUUAAAUCCUAGGCUGCAGCUAUUUAAUACUGUAUAUUGUAAAGAAGUAUUACACAGUUAGAGGUGAAUACAUACACAGACACAUGUCUGGCUGAGUAUACACACAUAUAUACACAUACAGUUCCCUGUAACACAGGUGGGUGUAAGUCUUACAAAUCACACUCUCAUCUCAUUCUCCAUAACACUGUGUUAUUUUUGCAUUAUGCAUUAUGCUUAGAACUAAAGUAAAAUCCUCCUCCAUUCCUUGUGCAGAACCUUUACUUAUUCAUGUGCAAAAUUGUUGGGAUGCCAAGAUUCAUCUUAGCUGAUCAUUAGCUUUCAUCAUUGGAAGGGAACUCCUGAAAUGCUCUGAAAAUGAGCUUUGACUUUCUUGUAGCCUUCCCUGUCCCCACCCUACCAUGCCAAACAGCAAAACAUCAUAUGGUCAAAGACGCUGGUCAUGUUCCAGUGACUAGGAGACACAGCACUCUCAGAUACAUAAAAUCCUAAAAGCUAUGAAUUUUGCCUUACACAACUAGAAGUCCUUCAAAAUGUUCCAUGGGGAUCUCAACUUGUAAACUUCUGUGUAACAUUAUGAGAAAAUGUCUGUGUCUUGCUGUAUUGUAUGUUUUCAUUGUGUCUGCACACAUAGCUGCUCUUGUUCUAGUAAUGUGGCCAAAUAAUUGUUUGCUGCUGUUCUUGUCAGCAACCUUUGACCAGCCUGAAACAGAGCCAUUGCCAGGGUGUCUUUCGAUUGAUGAUUAACGCCCACAAAGAUCUUCUACAGUAAUUACAGCUAUAAUUCAAGCAAAUCUAGGGUGAAAAUAGCAGCACAUGCACACAGAGCAGUGAGGGUGGAGCGAGCUUUUCCAAAAGCUCUGGCAUCUGCUACAUUUCUCCUCCCCUGUUUGCAGGACAUUUGCUCUUUGCAGUGUGCUUUGUUUGGUGAAGGGCACAAUGCUACCAAACUAAGAAAGUAGCAGCAGAAAGACUUUAUUCCUUCCACAGGACUUAACAAUGUAUAUUUGCUAUAGGAAAGUAAACUCUAUAUGAAGGUUAAAACAAACAAACAAACAAACAAAGCCAAGCAGCUUGCAAUUAAUUUUUUUUCUUUUAUUUUUUCUUCAUGUGUUCUAGGAGUUGAUAGACUGAAUACCAAUCUAUACCAAACCUUUGGGAAGAGACUAUGAAAGGGUAGCAAUGCUUACAUGACAGUACUUUUGGAAAGGUAGUGGGUCUUUCCAAAAGGAAAACCUAGUCACUGAGAGACUGUGAUUACGAAUAGACAGUUUUAAGUAGAAAACUGCUGUUCAGAUUCAAAGUAGUAGUACAUAAUACUAGCUUCUAUGCAGAAAUUUGUAAACAUAGAUUAAAUCAGUAGUUUAGAAGGAAAAAGAGAAUAUUAAUACUUGGAGAGCGACUUACAAAACACAACCGCCCAUUAUCUCUUUUGGACAAACCAUACAGCUCUUUCCUGUUUCUUCCUGCCACAGAUCCCUUCUGAUAAGGUGACUGAUUUCAUUUGUGCCCCACUAGUGAAAUUCAAAUUUUUACUGACAUUUGCAACAAAAAUGAGAGCAGGCACAAAAUUAGCCUCUAGGAAAACUAGCUUAUUUAUAAAGAGUUUUUAAAAAUGCACCAAGCUGUUCAUGACUGGAUUGUCUUCCUAGUUGUUCAGGAUCCUACAAAGUGUCAAAUUAAGCUGUAUUUUAUGUGUAAACUGAUCCCUGUUUAAAUCAGUGAAGCAAUUUGCAUGAUUGGGAUCUUAGCUUUCUCUUUCAAAAAUAUUAAGUACAUGAUUGUGUAUAAUGUCAUGCUGGGAUUGCUGUUGCAAGAGAAAUGUGGGGGUUUAGGCCUUAUUUUUAACAUGAAUAACUUUAGCCUGGCUAUUUCCUAUGAAUGUAAUGUUUCCCAAACAGUAAAAGGAUUUAUAAUAGCACCCCAUGCUGCAAGCUUAAUGAAUCAACUGACAGCUUAUUAUUCUAUAGAACAUUGUAUUAAAAAUCCCAACUAAAACUUCACCCAGAAUUGCUGUAUUACCUUCAGCUGCAUAACAUUGUAACAACUGAAUAGUAUCUCCCACUUGGCUUCGAAUAUGUUUGGCAAUGUACUAGACAUAACUGGAUUUUUUUAUUUUAAGUGGGCAGUUUCCUCUGCGACAAUGAAAUAUGAGCAGAAGUCAGACAUCAAGGAUAAGGUAAAGUAGAGCUUUUUGCCUUCACUAUAAUUUAUUGUCAUUGUCAGAUUGCUGAUUUUCUUAAAAACUUAAUCGCAUUUUGUAAUGCUGAGCCACAGAAGGAAAAUAUGUGUUCUUUCGUAGUUUUUCAUGAGCUAUGUUCUGCUCCCAGUUUAUCCUACUAAACUUCCACUCAAAUUUCCAACUACUCUGAGCCAACUAGGAGUACAGUUUUUCAAACUGUCUUUCAUGUACAAAAGCACAGGUGUGUAAGUGUGCAUAUGCUGUCAAGAAAUUCAUAACCAUUUCUGACAGUCUCCAUAUCUUAAGGCGAGGAAACAUGUACAUAUUGUAUAUAUGGUAAUGAGCUACUUUGAAGUUGAAUUCCCAUUUAUACAUGUUUACUUCUAGAUCUGCUAAUCUGCAACAAGAUCUUGGCAAUGGUCCUGACUUCUCUCUUUCUUUCUUUCUUUGUUUUCUUUAUGGCUGUGUGUGAUCUCCUGCAAAGCAGGUUACAGUCAUCACUAUUGUAUAUAUGUGUUUGCAUGUGUGUGCCUUGAUAAAUUCUCUCUUUGGAGUUCUGAAUUUUUCAUUUCAAGUCCAGCUGGUACAAUUGUGAACUCAUCUUUCCAGUAUGCUCCUCUGUGUUGGAUUGCCAACUUCCAAAAUGUUUGACCAAGUGUUUUGAUUAAGUCCCCUGAGGAAAGCUCCUUGUAUACUUGUGAAAGGGCAUGCUCUGUGUAAGAUGACUGUGUACAGUAUAAAUCUAUAAAACGUGGAAGUGUUUAUAAAUUUAUCUGCCAAAUAUUUAUCAUCCAUGUAAGAAAUGCAAAGCUAUUUAGUGUACAUCAGAUUAAUAAAGGGGAUAUUUUGCUUCACUAUAUUCAAAUAAAGAUUUGUUCUUUGCAAUGAAUA